GGAUCUGAUACAGAAAUAUUUGUCCCAGCCCGGCAUUGUUCCAUAUCAUAUCGCCGUGCGUUUUAUCAGCGCGAAUUUUGUGCGUAUCAGAAAAAAAUUCACAAACCUUUUCUAAGCGUUGCAGUAUUCAAAAUUUAUGCGUUUUUCUAACGACAUUUGGUUAUUUUAACGUUUUUGCUGAUCUAAAGUCGAUAAAAGGAUAGAAUGGAGCAAAAGGAUCCUUUUUUGCUUUGAAUUUUCUUAAAUUUUUGUCACAAAAUUGUCGAAUUUAUUAAAAGAAAAUCUAAGAAGGGUAAUUUGUAAAGAAGGUUUUACGCACCUGUGUCACGUACUAUCAAAUGGAUCUCUUAUCAUUGGCAAAGAAUGCGAGUCUCUUUAUUGAAGCAGACUUAACCGUCUAAACCAGUACUUUCGUGGCAUUCGCAAAGAUGCGCACUUUGGUGAUAGGAUUAGUGAUAUCAGCAACGCUGGUGGCCCUAAUUGAGGCAGCACCGCCGGAGCUUUGCAAAGAAGUCGAAGAGAAUGAGCCAAAAUGUGAGGAAACCGAAUACGAGCAGUACAUGAAGUGCGUUGAAGAGCGCAAAGAACGAAGAAAGAAGCGUCAAGUUGUCUGUCCAUUUGCACAGCAGCAAAUGUUACAGCAACAACCGCAGUUGCAGUACGUUCCUGUUGCGUACAACACCAACUGCGAAGAUUAUAGAUUGUGCGUAAUUGGAUGCCAAAAUAAUGCGACCUGCAUAGCCCUCUGCCCACAGUGCCCUAUACCUGUGCAGCAAGUAUCCUAUCAACCCAAUCAGGGUUGUGCAACGGAGUACAACAGCUGUCUCGGGAAUUGCCAAACAAACCUCAACUGCCAGACUGGAUGCCAACAAUUGUGCUCCAACGAGUACAAAUCCGUCGUUAUUCAGGGCACAAAUGGGAGUCCGGAUAAUCGAAUUGAUACACCCAUUGUCCCAGGAAGGAACAUCACAACAGUCAUCAAGCUAAACAACUACAUCAACAAUACGAAUGUUGUUAACGUACCAACCAAUGUUAAUGCAACGCAUGUCAAUAACAUCCACAUCUACACCAAUUCAUCACGUACUGGAGGUAAAUACGGACUAGGAUACUCUCAGAAGGGCGACUGUUGCCUGUCUGUUCGACCCAAGUCCUGCCAUGCCUCGUCUGAAGGUUAUCGAUGCCACCAUAAGAGGCGUCGUACCUGUGGUUCACAAUGCAAGUCAAGACUCAUUCAUGCUGUACCCCGAAGAAGGUGCUCAAGUUCAGGUUCAUGCGAGGAAAGGGUUGCCUAUGUUCCCCAACCAAGACCACGAUGUGUGCAUCAACGACAGUGGCCAUAUGUGAAUUGCGGUGGACACAGAGAGUCCUUCUGUGAAGGAUGCUACGAUCACUACGGAUACGGAUACGAUGGCUACUACGGAGGACAUGGUCCCGAAUGUCACGGCUGCUACGACGAUGGUUUUGAAUAUGGGCAAAUGUAUCGCCGAGGUCCUGUACUGCGACCAUAUUACUACCACGAACCACCUUGCUGGCUAACUGGAACAUGCUACGAUGGUUACGACGUUGACUGCGGCUAUGGGUGCUACGGACAUGAGUACAUUGACCCAGCAUGGGGAUUUGCACCACACCGUCCACACUAUCCACACUAUCGUCCUCAACCUAGACCACCUAUGUGGGAAGUAGAGUCAGAAGGUGGUGGCCUACCUGAAGAUGCUGAAGAGGAGGGCUUCAUUGAGGGUCACUUCAACGAAACCGACAUCAAUGAAGAUGAAUUCGACAUGCCAGUACAGAAAUGUAAAAUCAUUGGGGAUGACAAUACCAUAACAAUCAGGAACUGCACUGAGGAAGAUUUGAGGGGUAACCCCUAUGCUACGAGACCUGCAGGUAAGUUUCCCCACUACAGGGAUGACGAAGAGCAAAUGUUCUAUCGCCCGAUGUACGACUACGAUCCAUACUACUAUCACUACAAUCAUCAUUCUCCAAGACGAAUGCACUCUCACAGCGUGAAGCAAAAGACACAGAAGAACACGGAAAUUCCGUGGGAUGAUGAUAUCCAUUCUGGAGAACGUGGUAACGAUGACUACGAUGAUUUGUUUUAGAAAGACAAAAAGUGUUCAAGUUUUAAUGUAACCCGUUGAAUCCCACAUACGUCCUUUAACCCUUACCCUCAUUGAUAUACGAAAAUAAGUUUAAUGGUUAAGGCAGAGAUCAUACCUAAACCUGUUAGACUUAAAAAGUUUAACAGUUCUUCAAUGUAAAAUUAUAUAAGAAAAAAAAACUAUUUUCCGGGUUUCAGUGUGUUCAGUUUUUUAUAAUUUACAUUUCGUUCUCAUAAAAUGUAACUAUUAUAAAAUAAAGAAAACAAGAGAAAAA